CACAACAAUCGUAAACAUGUCCCCUGUCCCACAAGCAAUCCUCCAAGCCCUCAACCUCCACACCGACUCCACGACCUGCGCCCUCGACUCCUCCGGCCUAAGCUCCGGGUUCACAAACACAGGCGCCCUCCACGUAAAAAUUGCGCACGAAAACGGCACCCAAGCCGAACACAAAUACUUCAUAAAAACUUCCCAGAACGGUUCUGCAGCAGCAGAGAUGUUCCACGGUGAAUACGAAUCUCUCAACGCAAUCGCCCAGAUCGUCCCAGGCUUUUGCCCCCGCGCAUUAGCCUGGGGUCCCCUUGACAAGAAAAACGGCUACUUCCUCGCGACAGAAUUUCUCGAUCUAGGUGGCUCCGUGGAUCGCGGCUCAGGGGAUGAGACGAACCAUUCUCGUUUGGCGUACAGAUUGGGUGAAUUGCAUUCGACGCCUGCGCCCGUGGACGCUCAGACUGGUCGGCGACGAUAUGGGUUCCCUGUACCGACGUUCUGCGGGGAUACGAGGCAAUCGAAUACAUUUUACGACAGUUGGGCUGAAUUCUACGCAAGGGAGAGGUUAUUGACUAUUCUUGCGUCGUCGGAGAAACGCAAUGGUCGUGAUGAGGGGCUACGAGAGCUUGUUGAAAGGACUGCUCAUACUGUCGUGCCGCGUUUACUUGGUAAUGAUCAUCUGGGGUAUAAUUCCCGGGGUGAAGGAGAGGGGAUUCAGCCUGUCGUUGUGCAUGGGGAUCUGUGGAGUGGAAAUACUGAUCGAGGGAGUAUUGUUGGGAAUGGCCGGGAGGAGGCAGUGGGGGACGUGGUCUAUGACCCGUCGGCGUGCUAUGCACAUAGUGAAUUCGAGUUGGGGAUUAUGCAUAUGUUUGGUGGAUUUGGAGCAAGGUUUUUUAACGAGUAUCAUCUGCUGGUGCCGAAGACGGAGCCCGUGGAAGAGUAUGAUGACCGGGUACUGUUGUAUGAACUGUAUCAUCAUCUGAAUCAUCAUGCUAUCUUCGGGGGUGGAUAUCGAUCCGGUGCGAUGUCGAUUAUGCAGAAGCUCCUUCGCAAGUACAGUGACAUGCGCUAGGUAAAGCCAGGAAGGAUGCUUAUCCUUGAUGUUGCUCGAUUUUGCAUAAAUUUGGCCCACACCCAAGGCUUUUUGUCACAGAUAUCGAAACAAGGAAUGCUGUCAGCAUCUGUGAAUUUAUCUGUGCAAAACACACAUAAUACAGAACACGUAAGCUCUUAUAGUAAUACCCCACAAGCAACAAAAUCC